AUGGGGGUUCAGAUGGCUAAGAAUGACACAGAGCGCCGAGAUGCGAUCUUCGGAUCAUCCGAGUAUAUGGCUGGUAAACUUGCUUAUUCAUCGAGAGAGACUGCUGAUACGAUGGCAACGAUAAAGAAUGAGACCGUUGAAAAGCUUGCUGAUGUCACCGAUCGGUCUUCCGCGAAUAUCCUUGCCGCUACCGACAAGAAUACCGAAGAUAUCCAAAAUAUUCACUCCAACACAUGUAAUGCCGUGGAGAAUCGGAUUAUUGGGUGGAUCUUCCAGGCCCCCUAUUCAGAUGCUUAG